AUGUCUGAUUUGGCUGCCAAAUACCAAGGGUUGCAGGGUGAGCUAGAAGAACUAAUCGUUGCUAGACAGAAACUUGAAACACAGCUCCAGGAAAAUAAAAUUGUCAAUGAUGAGUUUGAGCACCUGAAAGACGACACCCAAGUUUAUAAAUUAACAGGUAAUGUUUUACUACCAGUAGAGCAGGUCGAUGCACGCACAAAUGUUACCAAGAGGCUGGAAUUCAUUCAAGGCGAAAUUACACGUUGUGAGAAGAACAUUGAAGAUAAACAGCAGGAGCAAAACAAGUUAAGAGAAGAGAUAACGAAAAUACAAAGCGCUGCUAGCGCAUAA